CAACCUCCAGCGCCUCCAAUUCCUCCAUGCAUCUUCGGCCAUCUUAUCUGCUAGUGUCUUGCGCUACUUGCUCCAUCUCCUCCUCUUCCUGAUAUCCGAAAUCCCCUCGACCUUCCUGUCUCUCGCUCCCUCUUCCCUUACCCCCUUCCUCCCCCCCUAAUCUAUCCGCCUGACCGCCCUCCUGCCAUGGCUCACUCGCUCCCUACGCCUUUCACCCCAAACAGUGACUUUGCUGCCCUCGACUCCCACCGCUUCUCCACGGGUCCCAUUACUAUCACCGCUUUGGCCCGCUUCGAGUUCGAGGCGGGCAAGGCCAACGAUGGCACCAAAAUCAUGAUGAUCGAAUGGGAGGACGACGCCAUAGCCCGCUCCUCCUCCUUCCCCGGGGGUUCCUGGCAUGUUGCCUGGGAGGGUAAAACUGCUGUUCUUCCUGCAGACGAAAAGACGAGCGACAACACCCGUCGAAUGUACUUUCUACUGCCGCCACACGUUACCAUUCCUCCCACCGUCACCCUGUCAUACGAGCCCCCGGCUAACGCCCCCCCGUCCGCCAAGAACCCCGAACCCAUGCAAUUGAAUCCGCUGCCGGCGAUAUUUCCUCCAGAGCUAGGUGCUGAUGGUCGCUCAGCGGGCAAGAAAGGCGUUCUACACACAAUAUGGGCGAAGAAGCGGCUGCAGGUGUUGGAAAAGGAGAUCCGGGACGAAUGUCUGAACAACGCCGAGGGUAUUGCGCUGCACAUGGCGCUGCAGGAGAAGGAAUGGAUCGAGUCGAACUUUGGCGUAUCGCUGUCUCCUGACGGACCCAAGGUUGUUGGGCAGAGUCACCCGGAUCCACAUUAUCCCAUGGGGCCUGCAACGCCGGUAUCACCCAGCAGUGGAGGCAAGCUGGGGGAGAAGCUCAAGGGGCUGAAGCUGCAGACGAGCGAGCGGGAAUUAUCCCCGAAGGAGGCCUCAGCGCGACAUCUACUAUCUCCCCAGUCCCCCGACGUGGCCGUCUCCUCGUUCAUCUCCUUCCACAGUAUACAUCGACCGACCCGCAGUCCUGCGCCAGCAGCGCCAGAGGCCCUUCGAACGGUAGUGCACUAUCCCCCCGAGUCGGUGCAGGCACAGCAGAACGUUGAACACCACACGGGAUUCGCAUCGAUGGGAGGGCUGGCGCGCACAGCGAGCGCCGACUCGGGCGAGGAACUAUUCGCAAAAGCGCUAAGCCCGCGGACGCCCGACCUGCCGCGGAGUCCAUUCUCAUUCCGACCGGAGGGGCUGCAUAUGUGAUGGACUGUAACAACUUGCAUUGAUGAUGGAUUGGAUGACUGUGCAUUACUGAUACUGAUAUAACUGAUACCUAUGCUGUACAUAGAUGAUACCUGUGAUUGAAACUGCAAUUUUCUCACAAUAGUAACUAAACCUCAUACCAUACAAACAAUCUUCAACCUCACAACUCUCAACAAACUGAACUCCCCCCACCCACCACCAC